UGGAUUGCAGCAGCAGUACUUCCUGCUCUUUGGCCGAUGGCACUCCCAAGUGCUCGUGCAAAGCUACUGGCCACACCUUUAACAAAGCAGACAAGACUUGCAAUGAUGCGUGUUAUCAAGUGGAUUGUGGGGCAAGUGCUUCCUGCUCUCUGGGAGGCAAUGGCACUGCCACGUGCUCAUGCAAUGUUGAAGGUUAUAUCUACAAUGUAGCAAACAAGGCAUGCGAUGCCCUGUCUGUGGUGCCCACAACAGCCCCGUGUCCCAAAGAUUGUGGAACUGCCAAGUGCGUUGUGGAGGAGGGGAAGGCCCAGUGCAAGUGCCCCUGGGGCCUCGAGUUCAAUGAGGCUCAGAAGAUCUGCGGCAAUAAGACUAUCAACCCUGCGGCAGACCCGUGUAAGACGGGCACACUCAAGUGUGGCAAGAACUCAAAGUGCGUUGUGAAGAAUGGGCGGGGGAGUUGCGCCUGUAAUGCCGGCUACACCAAGACAAGUGGCCUCUGCACUGCCAUGUGCAAGCCUGCUUGCUGUGUGAAUGCCCAGUGCAUAGUGAAGGGAGGAAAGCCGGUGUGUCGGUGCAAAAAAGGCUUCAAAAUGGAGAAGAACGAGUGCACACCCGUAUGCUAUCCCGCCUGUCCUGCUAAUGCGGAGUGCAAGGUGGUGAAAGGGAAUCCGGCAUGUCAGUGCAAGGCGGGGUUCCGGAUGGCAAAUAACAACAAGUGCACGCCCAUAUGCAAGGGUGGCUACCCUGCCAAUGCGCAGUGCAAGGUGGUGGGAGGAAAGGCGGCAUGUCAGUGCAAGGCGGGAUUUCAAAGGGAUUAUAACAAGUGCACUU